AUGUCCAUAACCAAAGAAUCCGAAUUGAUCGGAAUGCAGAAGAUCAGCGAAGCCGUGGCAAUCACGCUCCGUGAAAUGAGAAAUCAUGCCCGUCCCGGAAUGUCAACCAAGGAACUGGAUGAUUUCGGUGGAGACAUCCUGAAAAGCUUUGGGGCAAAAUCUGCUCCGGCACUCACUUACAAUUUCCCCGGCUGGACAUGCAUCA